UGGAGCAGAGUGGUGUGGAGGAAGACAACACACUGAUGAUGGAUGAGGACGCACCAGUCAGGGAGCGAUGGCCGGCGUUGCCUGUUCAAGCUGCUCCCUCUCUCUGGGAGCACAGCUGACCACUUUGUCCACCUCCUGACACCGUGCUGCCUCCUCUUCCUCCUGAAGACCAUGGAGGACGUUGCCAAGGUCACAGAAACCACACAGGCUCGGCCAACUCUCCUGGAGCGGCGGGUUCGGCAGCGACCUUCAACAGUUUCACUCCUCAAAUCCAAAGUGAAGAAGGGCAUGACCUGCUCUGUGCCCAGGAUCCGAUCCACCCUGACCGGAUUCUUCCCUGUGGUGCGCUGGCUGCCUAAAUACAAGCUCAGAGAGUACGUCUGGGGCGAUGUCAUGUCCGGGUUGAUCGUGGGUAUCAUCUUGGUACCGCAGGCCAUCGCCUACUGCUUGCUGGCAGGAGUGGAGCCCAUCUAUGGCUUAUACACCUCAUUUUACGCCAACAUCAUCUACUUCCUCAUGGGGACGUCCAGACAUGUUUCUGUGGGGAUAUUUAGCCUCAUGAGCCUCAUGGUUGGACAGGUGGUGGAUAGGGAGGUAUUCCUGGCAGGUUUUGACCUCAGUGAAGAUUCCAAAGCUUCUGGUUCUGUUGUGUUCAAUGGCUCAACGAGCUUUAACCUCACAGCUGGUGAAGUGCACACUGUGGAGCUAAUGGGUCUGCAGUGCGGGAAGGAGUGUUACGCCAUCAGUAUUGCUGCUGCUCUUACAUUCCUGGCAGGUGUCUACCAGCUCAUGAUGGCCGUGUUUCGGCUAGGCUUCGUCUCAGUCUACCUUUCGGCCCCCAUGCUCGACGGUUUUGCCACAGGAGCCUCCUUCACGAUUCUGACCGUUCAGGCUAAAUACCUGUUGGGUCUUAAGAUUCCACGACACCAAGGCUACGGCACAGUCAUCGUCACCUGGAUCAACAUCUUCAGCAACAUUCACAAGACCAACCUGUGUGACCUCAUCACCAGUGCCAUCUGUAUCAUCAUUUUGGUGGGAGCAAAAGAGAUCCAGGAGCGCUACAAGCAUCGUUUAAAGAUCCCUCUGCCGACUGAGCUGAUAGUAGUGGCAGGAGCUACACUGGCCAGCCAUUUUGGAGAGCUCAACAGCCAUUAUGGCUCCAGCGUUUCCGGUCACAUUCCCACAGGGUUCAUCGCUCCCCAGGUGCCCCAGUUUAGUCUGAUGUCACGGGUGGCCUUCGAUGCCAUACCUCUGGCUGUCAUUAGUUUUGCCUUCACUGUGUCGCUGUCUGAAAUGUUCGCUAAGAAAAAUGGCUACACGGUUCGUCCCAACCAGGAGAUGCUGGCCAUCAGCUUCUGUAACAUCAUCCCCUCCUUCUUCCACUGUUUCACCACCAGUGCAGCACUUGCAAAAACCAUGGUGAAGGAUUCAACGGGCUGCCAGACACAGGUAUCAAGUCUGAUCAGCGCCCUGGUCGUCCUUCUCGUCCUCCUCUUCUUCGCACCUUUUUUCUACGCCCUCCAGAAAUGUGUUCUUGCUUGUAUCAUCAUUGUCAGCCUUCGGGGGGCACUAAGAAAGUUCAAGGAUGUCCCAGCUAAGUGGCGCACCAACAGGGGUGAUGCGAUUGUUUGGCUGGUUGCCAUGUCGGGCACCACUCUGAUCAGUGUGGAGCUGGGCCUCCUGGUUGGAGUCGUCUUUUCUAUGAUGUGUAUCAUCUUUAAGACCCAGAAACCAAAAGUCUCCCUGAUGGGCCGGGCCAACGACUCUGAUCUUUACGAGGAUAUGGAUGAGUACAAGGACCUAGUGCCACCACCGGGGGUUCAGGUGUUCCGCUUCCAAGCUCCUCUGUACUAUGCCAACAAGGACUCCUUUCUCAAGUCCCUCUACAGAGCUGUCGGAGUCGAACCUUUCCUGGAGGUGACCAGGAGGAGAAAGGCAGAAAAAAAGGCCAAAGAAAUGUUCUUGAAGCAGGCCAACCCAAACGGGGAAAAAAACAACGGAGAGGUUGUUAUUGGACUUGUCCAAAGAGAACUGGAGUUCCACACGAUAGUUUUAGACUGCUCUGCCAUCCCUUUCAUAGACUCAGCAGGGCUGGGUACGUUCAAAGGGCUAGUUGAGGAAUAUAAAGAGAUCGGGGUGAGCUUGCUGCUUGCCAGCUGCAACACUUCAGUCAUUGAUACCCUGAGGAAGGGACAGUUCUUUGGAAAGAAUGACAAAGGCAUGAGCAGCUCGCUGUUUCAUACAGUUCACGCUGCCGUUCUUAGUGCAAACAGUCAAAGGCUCCUUAGCAAUAGUGCAAAUGAAGCUGAUGCGUAAUGCAGACUGAUGGUGCAGGGAUGGACCUUUUUCUGAAUUAACGGUCUAAUGUUCAGCAGUGGAAAGUGUCUUAUUUAAACUUCUCUUUUAGUCUGACUUUGUAUGGAAUUCUUUUUUAUAAAAUCUCGCUUUUUUCAUCCAACUGCUCUGAUUCGAGCUUUCAACAAGUUUACCGUAGCACUCCGAAUGGUUAUUUUAAGUCUUAAAGUCCGCCUCCAGUGAAAAUGAAGAAUUUAAACACGUUAGCUUGUCUUCAGAUCGAGAGUCACUUCUGGGCCUGUAACAUUAAACUGGCACCGACUGGAGAAGUGUAUGAUCACCGGGUGCACAAUAUCAGUCACCCUCUUUGCCCCCUCGCCGUGAACACGGUAGUAAAAGCUGACAGUAGCAGUCUGACACUGACGGAGCUUUGUCUUAAAACUGUGUUUCUUUACAACACACUUGUACUCUGGCCCUGUUCCCAUGGUCUCCACAGAUUUAUGAUCUGUUCUCGUAAAAACAAAGGAUUUACAUACAUCUGAGAGCUCGUCUCAGAGGCUCGAUGAGAGUGAGUCAACACUGGUGCUUCAUGAAAUGUAUAUUUUUGCUGAUUCAAACAAUUCAACAAAUGGCAGCAGGUGAUGCCUUCACAAAGCUUCAUUGCAUCAGCAGACACUGUCUCUGUUCAACACUUUUAAUCUUCUGUUUUACUUUGACGUUUGUAAUAAAUCAAAAGGAUGUGUUUUUACUUUGAUGGUCAAAAAGACGAGCAGGUCAAGUGGCAUUGUAACAAGAUGUGGACAUUCUUGUUUCUAGCUUUUGAAAAUUAACAUUUUGUAAUUUCAUAAAUUUGUUCUCUCAUCAAACAUUUCUGUGUAUUAAUUCAGACAUAGUGUUAACAUUCAACGACACUGCCUUAAUGUUCAAUACUUGAAUAAAACUGAUAACAUUUU